GCAGAGAGUAAUUUUUUUUUACUUUAAAAAAUUGUAUUAAGCAUUUAAAAUGGCUAAACAACUAAACAAAGCACACUCUAUAAGGCUAACACUGUUAUAAACCUUAUAUGAAAAUGUCACCCGCGCCAAUAAAGCCUAUACCUGGAGACUCUUUAAGAAUAUACAAACUUUAACAUAUGAAUUGCUCAUGACUUUGUAAAUAAAAAUGGGACAGUUUAGGAAAUUGCAACAGAGUAAUGCAAACUCUGAGAAAUAUUUUAGGAUGUGAACAUGAACGAUAACAACGAGUCAGUCUUUUUCAUAAUACAUGCAGUUUUUAAACUGGUUCUUCAUGUAUCUUUAUAAUAACAUCCGCUAACUGAAAACUAUAAAUCUUAAAGUUUACAAUAAAGUCAAAAUAAAGUUACAAUAUAUAUCUAAGCUCGAACUAACGCGUGUAAAGCAAACACGGACCUUAUAUUCAACAUUAGAGAAGUGUGUGGAAUUAGCAAAUGACAGGAUAAAGCUCAAGUUUCAGUCAAAAAUGAAAGCGAAACGGUGGUUUAAACUCUUUGGAUAAUAUUUUCCACUAUUUUUUGGUUUGGAAAGAAGACGUGUGAAAAAGCACAACGCGCUCUCUCGCGCAUGUCUGCGCGCGGCGCCUGAACUCAGACAUCCAUGGCAACAAGAAACAAUUGCGUUUGAAAGUUUGUACUUGCGCCGUUUCGUUUAAAGUUGGCCAUACGCAAAAGUUCAAUGCCCCCUAAAAAGAAUGGAAAAGGGACCGGAGAUAAAUCAGUUAAAAAGGAAAGUAUGAAUCCUGAGCAGAAAAAAGACGAAGAUUUGACGGAGAGUGACAAAAACUUUUAUCGGGCUCAAAUACGCGAUUUGGAGGAGCGACUGGAAAGGUACCAGCAUAAAUGCGAUGAACUGGAGGUUCAGGAAAAGGAUUUAUACUCUAAGAUCAAUAAUGUGGAGAAAGAGAAGAAAGACAUAGUCCUCUACCUAAAACGCACACUGGCUCAAAAAGAAGAUGAACUGAUUGAUCUGACCGAGACGCUAUCAAAACAGCAGCAAGCUCAGGAGGCUGAGAGAGAGUCUUUUGAGUCACAGCUGAGCCUGCUUAGACACGAACUUCAGGAAAACAAGGAAAGGUUCACGUCUGAGAACAUGGCACUUGCUGGUAAACUGGCAUCUUUAGAGGAGUUUUCUAUGCAGAGAGAGAAGCUUAUGGCUGAACGCAGGUGUUUGGAAGAGCAGCUUCAAAAGCAAGAAGAAGAACAUCAAGCGCAAAUCUACAAUCUGGAGAAAAAAGCUGUACUGGACAAUGACAGGCUAAAGAAAGAAAUGCUGCAACAUGUUGCUGCUGUAGCAGCUGAAUUUCGUCGGGUUUCAGAUCAGAAGAUGCCCGAGACAACAAAGAGAGCCAUGCAAGAAAACCUGUCUGUGACAGCGCAACUUCAGCAGCUCUCAGACAAGACCAAGGAGCUGCUGAAGGAGAACAACGAUCUGCGAGCGAGAGAAAAGCAACUCAAAAUAGAGAACGCCAUCAACGAACCGCUGCUACAUGAGAUAACCAAGAAAAGCGUUGCUAAUCAAAAGGUAGUCCAUCAGCUGGCAGAAAAGUGCGAGCAGAUGCAGUCUGAAGUGGAGAAGUGUACCAAACUUAAAGCGGAGCACCGAGAGCUGCUUGACAGUCACUCUGCGAUAUGCACAGAGCUCGAUGCUCUCAGAAAGAAACAUGCAACAGUUACAGAAGUUCUAAACCAAACAAAAGCUGAAACCAAGACACAGAGAAAAGAGCUUGAGGAGGAAAGGCUGCAAGGACAACAGCUGAAAAAAGUUCUUGAGGAAGCAGCAGCAGCUUUAAAAGAGGCCCUGAGGGAGGUCCCUAAAGAGGAGGACUCACUUCUGAAGGUUACUGUCAGACGAAAUCAGAUGAUGCAGAAACUGCUGGCUGUGUUGGAUAGAGCUGCAGAUUUAGGAAACGGUCUAGCGCUUGCUGAAUUCACGCCGGAGGUGACUGGCAGGCAUGAUCUCAAAAAAGCCUGUGACAUUAAAAGACCAAGCGAACGUCUGCGGAAAUCUGCUUCACAGCUUUCUCACUUCAAAACCGGGGAUCUGGGAUUGGUCCCUCGCCAAACGCACACUACAUCAUCAAAGACAGGAAGCCUGUCUAAGAGUGCUUUUACCUAUGCGCUUAAGAAACAAUCAGGUGAUAAAUGACCGACCUUCUCAUUGUCGUACUUGUGACAAGGCAGCUAUGUUGAUGUAGACCUGUGCCAUUUCAAUCUACAUUGUGUUAUGUCCAUGUAUUGUCACUAGGUGGCGUUGCCGUAUCAUUAUGGACAGAUACGUGAACUGAAAAAAAAGAGAAAAAAAAUAAAUGUUUCCCAUUCUUCGUUCACUAAGUUGUUGAAUAUCAAACGCUAAAAUGUUUCAUUUUAUACUAGAGUUAUCAUGGGGCAAGCAUAUGAGAUUCUGCUUUUAUACUACCUACUUAAAUGUUAAUAGUAAUAAUAAUUGUUUGAAAGAUUAGCUGGGUUAAUACGGUCCUGUCACCCCUUGCUGGUAGGAGAUGGUGUAAAUAUCCGAGCACGUUCAGGGGUGAACGAUAAAAGACAUCCCAUUUCUCUUUUUGGGUCGCUGGGUGUUUAUUUGAAGAAAAGCUUAGUAAAGGUCCGCAGUCCACGGUGCUGGGUAGUAACAGAUAAUAAGAUUUAAAUAAUUAAGUACAUGUAAAUAGCUUCAAUCACAUUUUAAUAUACGUGUAAUUAGUCCACAGUUAAGUACAUGAUUAUUUAUUGUUAACACAAUAGCGAUAGAUGAUUCAGAAUUCGAAAAGUUCCUUUCGAAAGUUGACCUACACUCGGAAAUUCUUCCGGUUCUGGGAACUUUACACAAAGACCAGUCGUCAGUCAAGACUGCUUAUUAUAGUUGGAUUAUAUAUUAUUAAUUAUUUA